AUGGCCUCCAUCUUCACCUAUCAAGAUGAGCCUCCUCGAAUACAUUCACCAUGGGCUACUCCGGGUAGUUCCACUCCCCAACUACUACAUCUGACCGAAACCCCUCUUCACGCAGGACAGUGUCAACCCAUCGGGCUCACAAAGCUAGAACCCGAGAACCAGGAAGGCCCCACAGAGUACAAACUUCAUUUGCUUCUUCGCCCUAGGCGUCGAUUUGUCUUGACUUCCACGACGACUUUGGUUCCUCAUCCUCAGCACUACACUUCACAGUCCAUCUCCGCAGAGCAUCGCUCCUCUAAUGACUCGGCCGUCUAUGCGCAGCCAUCUACCCAUGCUCGUCAGACCAGACUACAACAACUGACGACGCAGCUGCUUUGGAGACUGCAACAAUCAUCGCCGUUUCACUCCUCGUCAAAUGCAGAGCUAGUUCUCCCAGUGCUUCCCGAAGCAACACCAAGUUUGGGUGCUCCAGAGCGUCCGCAAAAGCUGUUGCCUGGACUCGAGGAGAGUCAAGGGGCUCUUUAUGAGAUCGGCGUGGCUGAUGACGGGACACUCGUCGGCCUGGUUGAGGAUGAGCUGAUAGAAAGUCUAACCAACCUUAGCGCCAUGGCUGCAAGUCUGGGCUGCACUACCAGCAUCAUGCGAAAAGUCGCAGUGGGCUCAUGUCAGUGGGCUGAGGACGACGAUGACGCGAGCAGGGACCAUUUGCGGACGGACAAGCUUUGGGUCGCUGAAGUUCUAGUCUACCCAGACUCAAGGGACACCGCCAACGUGGACAUGCCCAAGAUAACUCCCCAGCAGUCUUCCGGUCUGUUUGGACCCGAAGACGCACCUGUCUCCGAGACAUCUUCUACAGAGCAACUCCGAGUCACCUUGAUAGGAGCAACUGCAGCAGGCAAGUCUUCACUUCUAGGGACACUCUCGACAUCUACUCUGGAUAACGGCCGCGGGAAGAGUCGUUUGUCCUCGCUAAAGCAUCGACAUGAGCUUGCUUCUGGUGUCACCAGCUCAGUCGCCCAAGAGAUUAUUGGCUAUCUACAUGAAGGGAGUACCUUGCGGCCGGUUGUCAACUAUGCCUCGGGCAAUGUCUCAUCCUGGAUAGACAUCCACAAUCUCGCAGACCGCCUAGUGUUUCUCUCCGAUUCACCUGGACUUCCUCGAUUCGCGAAAUCAACACUUCGAAGCCUGAUAUCUUGGAAGCCAUCUUGGACUGUCCUAUGUGUUCCGGCAGAUGAUUGUGACCAGAAUGCAGGUCGCCGUAGAGCUUCAAGCCCGAUGGCUGAGCUUCUUCCCGAGGCUGGUUCCCUAGGGAAUACGGAUCUUUCGCUCUCUUACCUUGACCUGUGUCUAAGACUGGGGUUGCCGGUGAUCACUGCCAUCACAAAAAUGGAUCUGGCCAACAAGACCGGACUUCGACUGGUUCUAGCAAAGCUUCUUUCCGCUCUCAAGGCGGCCGGACGAAAGCCUGUAAUGCUCAACACUUCCCGUGGUCCAACCCUGAUGCCAGACGCUGCCGGCGUUCUUUCGGAGCUUCAAACCAUUAAUGUUGAUGACCAGACGGAGGCUGAUAGGGUCGUGGCUGCAAUGCAGAGCAACGAUGGUCACACAGUAGUUCCCAUUCUGAUGACCAGCGCUGUCACGGGAUUGGGGAUAAGUAAGUUGCAUGCUUUGCUUCGAUCCGCUCCGACUAUCAGGACACCCGGACCGGGGAGACUGAACCCUGCGCAUUCUCCUCUAUUCCAUGUCGACGAAGUUUUCAGCAUUCCCCUUUCACGCGUCUACUCCACAGAUCCUGAGGACCGAAUCUCGAAACAAGGAGUGGUUCUGUGUGGAUAUGUCUCUCGAGGCACGCUCUCCAUCGGGAGUAUUCUGUAUCUUGGACCAUUGGUCAUCGACUCGGAUUCGUCGCCAGGUCAGGCGCCUCGACCGACUGUCACGUCAAAGUCUUAUGGGGCCGAUGUGUCUCACCCCGCGCGGAUCUUGACUUCCUUUGCACGGUCAUAUCAAGCCGACACCUCCAGGUCUUCGACAUCUGGACGGAAACCGUCCACGACAAUGUUUCUGCCUGUACGCAUUGUGUCACUGCGCAAUCUCAGGCUUCCGGUUGUACGCAUGCAGCAAGGAGAAACUGGCACCAUUGGGGUUGAACCUGUCAACAUCCAGACGGAGACGAGGGCACUUGAAAGAGCCCGGAAAGGGAUGGUGCUUGUGGGAGACACGGACGAGACUAGCCUCACAGCUUACCAUUCGUUCUCAGCAUCAUUCCCCUCGUCUGACUUUGCUCGAACAGGCUCGCCGCCAUUGAUUCUUGGCGGCCAUGCUACUGUGUACAUCAACAGCAUACGUGCCGCUGUCAAGGUCACAGGUGUAGCAUUAGACGAAGGAACGGAGGACCGGGCGGCUGCAAGCUCCCACGAGGAGGAUGUAUUCCGCUUUGAUGUCGACGACGAGGGAGAUGGCGUGGAAGAAAGCAAGCGAAGGGAGAUCAAAAUCACCUUCCGCUUCGGCAGCGCAGUUGAGUGGAUGGAGACGGGGGAUCAGGUCCUUGUGGUCCCCACGUUGGUUGCACCCGGGCCGGUCUCAGGGCCAUCGGUGUCGAAUAUCUCAGGACUAGCUGGAUUUGUCGGUAGGGUGUGCGAGGUGUUCUGUUGA